AUGGAUCCCCUGCGACGUGUGGACUGGUUCCCGCUGGGGCUCUGCGCCUUGGCACAGCUGUGGGCAGUCGCCAGCGCCUCCUUGUGGUCGCUCGCACUGUGGGUCCCCAACUUUGACCCCUCCGAGUAUCGGCCGCUGUGCAUUUGGGUGCCGGGGCUGUCUCCCGCACAGCGCAGAAUAUGCCUGCGGCACCGGGACCACGUGGCGCACGUGGCCGAGGGCGUCCACCUGGCGCUGUCCGAGUGCCGGCACCAGUUCCAGGGCAAACGGUGGAACUGCACCGUGCCUGGCGCGGAGGACGCACUGGACCUCGUGGCCAAGUCGGGUAAGGGGUCAGAGCGAGCCCGCCACAUCCACUCGCACCUAAGGGCCGCGGAGCCCAUUGUUCGGUCCCCGGGCAAAUCCCGUGAGAGGGGUCUGUCUCUAAAUAGGCGACGUUUUCCCUACCACCUGCUUGGCGUGUUCUCCCCCAAAACCCCUUCCCACACCGGUCUGGCCGCACCGUCUCCAGCUGACGGGGCGGGCUUCACGCACGACGCCCCCCUGGGAGUCUCCCCAGGCUCGCGCGAGGCCGCGUUCGUCUCCGCCGUCACCGCUGCCGGAGUGGCCCACGCGGUGGCGCGCGCCUGCCGCCAGGGGGCCCUGCAGGGUGCUUGCUCCUGGGUCGUUCCCCACGCCAUGAAGCUACCGCCGGAUGCUCGGCGGGGCGGCUCCGGAGACGACGUCGAAUACGGAUACCAAUUCGCCAAGUGGUUCGUGGAUGCGGGCGAUCACAAUCGUGGCAGCGGGCAAGGAGGGGAGUCUUUGGCGAUGAAUUUGCACAACAACGAGGCCGGCCGGCUGGCGGUGUACAAUCUGGCGUACAUGGGCUGCAAGUGUCACGUGUUAUUUGGCACCUGCAUGCUGAAAAUCUGCUGGCAGCAGCUCGCCGACUUUCGCAGCGUUGGAAACUUUCUGAAGGUGAGCUCACGGCUGCAGGUGAUGAGACUGCACCCAGAGGAGGUGAGUGUGGGGUGGGAGUGA